UGCAGUUGUAUCAAGGCUGGCAAUCGAUAUGGAGUUGUUUGAUGCAUGGACUGCCCAUGUUUAGUCAUGUGUUUGUGGUGGCGGAUGCUGCUCUGUUGCUUCUUGGAAAAAUAAUUGAACGAGAUUUACUGAAGACAUGUGUGAUUCCUCAAGAUGUUUGGGAACAUUUAUUUUUCAAACGGAUGCCAUCGAUAUCUGCUUUGUACCUAAUAUCCUGUUACUUCUCGAGAAAAGGGUCUCAAGGUGACCUUCGAGACAUUUUCCAUCUUAGAAAAAAUCUUCUGAGAGCAGUUCUAGGUCAUCUUAACUUGAAGGUUUAUUCCUUCUCCUCUCUGAUUUUUUAAUUCUUUUUUCUUUUCUUUUUUUUGUUUGUUGUUGAAUCAUUAAAUAUGUAGCGGCUAAUCUUCUAAUAGUUCAAACGUGAAAACUUAAAACAUCGUUUCAAUUUAAAGAGUGCAGUAUAAAGACUUUCCAGUUUUGCUAGAGAAUGAAAAUGAUAUGAACAUCAAAUGGAUUAUCAUCUGUACUAUUUAUGAAAUGGUUAAAAGGUUUUUUUUUGGAAACUGUGAGAACUCCGAUUCAAGGGAGUUACAAAAAACCUCCCCAAAUGGAUAGUAAAAGGAAAAGCUAGAGUGACGAAGGAGGAGUGAACAUUUGCACCUGGAAGAAAAAACAAUAGUAAAGAAAUGAGUGAUUGAUGAUUCCAUGCCCCAAAAAAUCAGCUGAGAGAGUAGAUCGUGUGGGCCACUUGGGAGGGCAGUCUCCAUCCGAAUGUUGCAAAAAUCUGCUGCAAAAUCACAAGAUAGGAAGAUGUGGCUUUGGGAUUCAGGUUGUGUUUACAUACGUUGCACUAAUGGGGAGAUAAUCCACAUACAGUAUCCUAAUUUGAGGCUUGUUGCAAGUGUUAAAGGCCUGGUGACUGAGUUCCCAUAUGAAGAACCUUACCUUAUUUUGAUAUAUGAUCUUUCCAUGUGGCAUAAAGGUUGGCCGCAUGCUUGUCCUUGUUAAAGUUCAAAAUUUCUUUCUUAUAAGAAAUGGGCAGUCAAAUGGUAACUUCAAAGCAACUGGGGGAUUAUAUAAAGAGAGAUACUGUCUGUAUAUUAAUUCAAAGAGGUUAGUGCAGUGAGUUAAUUGUUGU